GAGCAAAAUUUAUUGUCCUGACUUCACAAGUACUUCUGCAAAAUCAGAGGUGAAAGAAUGCAAUUUGCAGAGGAAUCUGUCUUAUGAGUGCACAUUUCGGCCUAUUUUUCUUUUAUCUGGUUAUAUUAUGUGGAUAGAAUUUAAACACCCACUAGGAACUCUUGAAUCUUCACCAACUUGUAUCAUUCCAGCAGAUGUAGUGAAGCCACUUCCUCCCUCUGAUGUUAAGGCAGAAAUCACCAGGAAUGUUGGGCUGCUGAAUGUGAGCUGGACCAACCCUGUAUUUACAAACAACGAUCUUCAAUUUCAAAUUCGGUAUGCUGAGAAUAGAGAAGAGAUUACAUGGCAGUUGUAUGAAGUUUCAGAUGCCCCGACAAGAUCAGCUGUGCUACACGUGCAGCAGCCGUGUGUUGAGUAUGUGGUUGAGGUGCGCUGCAGAGCGCCGGAUGGAGCGGGGUACUGGAGCGCCUGGAGCCGGGCAGCCUACGCGCUCGUCAGGGAUAUCAGAGCUCCCCUCCAAGGCCCUGAGUUUUGGAGAAUUAUUACUGAAGAUCCUGCAAGGAGGCAGAGGAAUGUUACGCUUGUGUGGAAGCCUCUGAUGAAGAAUCACUCCCUGUGCAGCGUGAGCCGAUAUGUUAUAAAGCACCAGACCUCAGGAAACACUACGUGGUCAGAAUACGUUGAUAAUGGCACUACCUAUUCAUUUCCAUGGACUGAACACACACAUACCAUCACGGUCUUAGCCAUGAAUUCAAUUGGAGUGUCUUCAAUUAAUUUUAAUUUGACUCUAUCCCAGCAAAUGAGCACAGCGGGCGCCGUGCGGACGCUGCGGGCCUACCCCGUGAACAGCACCUGCGUGGUCUUGGCCUGGACGCUGCUGCCUCGAGCGGACGCGGUGACGUCUUUUGUUAUCGAGUGGAGAAACCUUAACAAAGAAGAGGAGAUGAAAUGGGUGCGAGUUCCUCCGAAUACCAGCAAGUACUACAUUUAUGAUCACUUCAUUCUGAUUGAGAAGUACCAGUUCAGCCUGUACCCUGUAUUUGCUGGCGGAGUUGGCAAAUCCAGAACUACAGAUCAGUUUGUCAGAGAUGGUUCUGAAAAUCAGAAUAAUGCCAGCCUCUAUGUGGUUCUACCAAUAGUUAUUUCAACGUCAGCUUUGUUGCUUGGAGCACUGAUGGUUUCACACCAAAGAAUGAAGAAGCUGUUUUGGGAGGAUGUUCCGAACCCCAAGAAUUGCUCCUGGGCACAAGGAGUUAACUUCCAGAAGCCUGAAACUUUUGAGCAUCUUUUUGUCAAGCACCCUGAAGCAAUGUCAUUUGAGCCUCUUCUUCUGGAGCCAGAAAUAGUGCUGCAAGACAUCAGUGUCACUAAAGCAUUGAAAACAGAAGAUGCGCAGGAGUUUUUGGUAAUUGAUUCGAUGUUUACAAAGAUUCAAGACUCUGGCCGAGACUCUGCUUGUUCGAGCAGCCCUUUCAAUAGCGACAGCUUCUCUGAGAGCCCCCACGGUGGCAAAGGCAGUGGAGAAACGGCGCGGCAGCCCAAUGUCAAGUACGCCACGGUCAUCAGCACGUGCAGAGCGGGUGGGCUGUGCGAGCAGGACGGGCGCCCGCGCAGCGCCGCGCGGGACGACGCCGCGGGCGCCUGCUCCACGAGACCCUGGGACCUGGGGAACGGGGCUCUGCUGCUGCUCCCCGAUCAGCGCCACGGGCAGCCCGGCAACACGCUCUCCCUUUCCCUGGUUUCUUCAGAGGGAUUUUCAGAGCCUUCAGAGCAGGAUGAUGCUUUCACCGAUGGCGACGGUCCCGAGCGGAGCCUUUAUUACCUAGGGAUAACAGCGUUUGAGAAGAGAGAAAAUGACAUUUUUUUAACAGAAAGUUCGGGCGUCCUGUGUCAGUUCCACACAACUGAUGUGCUCAAAGAUCUGGGUUUUCUUCAGAGUGCCUCUCCUAAUUUCAAUGCUUUUCUCCAAAGUAGCCUUAAAUACAAAGCCCUCGUGCCAUACGUGCCACAGUUUCAGAUGGCUGCUGCCAAAGCACAAGAGACUACAGAGAACAAAUGCUAA